AUGAACCUGCGGCUAACAGAACCUGCUGACCAACUGCUAAGCAACAGCUUUCAUGAACCUGCUGACCAACUGCUAAUCAACCGUAGUAGUAAUAACAGCUUAUAUGAACCUGCUGACCAACUGCUAACCAACCGUAGUAGUAAUAACAGCUUAUAUGAACCUGCUGACCAACUGCUAAUCAACCGUAGUAGUAAUAACAGCUUAUAUGAACCUGCUGACCAACUGCUAACCAACCACAAUAAUGCUAACAGCUUAUAUGAACCUGCUGACCAACUGCUAACCAACCGUAGUUGUAAUAACAGCUUACAUGAACCUGCUGACCAACUGCUAACCAACCAAAAUAGUGCUAACAGCUCAUAUGAACCUGCUGACCAACUGCUAAGCAACCGUAGUAGUAAUAACAGCUUAUAUGAUCCUGCUGACCAACUGCUAACCAACCACAAUAAUGCUAACAGCUUAUAUGAACCUGCUGACCAACUGCUAACCAACCACAAUAAUGCUAACAGCUUAUAUGAACCUGCUGACCAACUGCUAACCAACCGUAGUUGUAAUAACAGCUUACAUGAACCUGCUGACCAACUGCUAACCAACCACAAUAGUGCUAACAGCUUAUAUGAACCUGCUGACCAACUGCUAACCAACCACAGUAGUACUAACAGCUUACAUGAACCUGCUGACCAACUUCUAACCAACCACAGUAGUACUAACAGCUUACAUGAACCUGCUGACCAACCACAGUAG